GGGGGCUCUUCCGAGGUGUCAUUUUGAAAGAUGCAAGUGCAGUGUUUGUUGCUUGUGCUGCUCGCAGCCUCGGGGCUCGCCUCGCCCACACCCUCAGCCACCGACCCCAAAAGCAGGACCGUAGGUCUCAGGAACCUCUUCAUCGGAUGCCUAAACUCGGAAUCAGAGAGUGAAAAUGGAACCGGGGAUUUCAUGAGCUGCCUCAACAGACGCCUCCGCGAUUCCGGGGGCGAACUCCGACUUUUGCCCGGAGUCACUUUGUCCUCAGAAAACAUCGACAUGAGUGGAAACGGAAAGAGAGCCAUGUCCGGAAGUGCCCUCAAAGUUGCCCUGCCGUGGCCAGAGAGCAGUGCCAGAUUCUUUGGCGGCUGGUCGAACCCCUCGUUGGUUCUGUCAGGGGGUGAGUCGGAAUUGGACAUUGGGGUGGAAGUGGAUAAGGACGAGCCCGCACAGCCCGGCGAUGAGGAAACAGGCAGAGUUUUCCUCAAAGCCAAGAAACUGAAGAAGCUGCUGAUCCCUCUGAUGAUCGGCCUCAAGCUCAAAUCCGCCCUCUUCUCCAUGCUCAGCUACGGCGCCGUCAUCGCCAUGGCCGCCAAGGCUCUGCUCCUCUCCAUUGUUGCAGUGGCAAUCGCUGGAAUCGGGGCGAUGAGGCGAAUGUACAAGGACUACUCUGAAGCGACCGUCCACUCAUACAGUUCGUACGAGCCUUCAUACCCGUCUUCGUCGUACCACCACCGCAGCUAUGGCUCUUCACAGCCGCUGGGCGCCGCGAGCAACCCGUUGGGCAACUUGGCCGCCGCGGCCACCGAGGUGCAGGCCCAGGCCCAACAGCAGCCCAACUACUCCGCCCACGACAUGGCCUACUACCAGCAGCCCCAGCAACCCCAGCAGCGUUACGGAAACUGAUUCGAGCGCUCAACCCCUUCUAAAUUAUUACCUCUAAUUUAUUUAUUUAUUUAACUUAUUGAAAUUUCUCUGUGCGACUUUUCCUGUUUUACUCUGACGACGACUGACUGCUCAAUUUCUUGACUGACACUACUUGACAAACUUUUUCCUUACAAUUUCUUGAAAGGGUAAUAAACUCAACAAUAAUACCAACCUGAUUUCUCGUUAAUUGAUUUUUUUGAUCAAAAUCUCUUUUCCUCGGACAGCGCAGUUGGAACGUAUUUCACAAACAGAUAGGAAAAAGGACACUUUAAGCUAGGCAGUAAAUUAUCUGUUGUUUGAUACAAAUUUAAUUGCAUUUUUCAAUCCAAUUGUUAAAACCUUACGAUAUUUUUGCUCAAAAUUUCCAUUUACACA